CGAAUCGUCGUCGUCGUCGUCGCCGUCGCCGUCGUUGUCCGUCUGUUCGACUUUUGUAUAAUACUGUCUCCGUGACUGUUUCGAUUCUUCAACAUCUACGUGUGUGUUCUCACAUUACAGUGAUACUUUUUUAUUUAUUUUUUUGUUUAAAUAAUCUUCAAAGUUGUUUAUUUAAUUUACUUUUUUUUUUUUCAUUUGUAUAUUUUAAUUUACAAUUUUAUAUUAAUCAAUAACACUUAUCAAUUAAUUACGUUAUUUAAAUCGAAACAAAAUAUUUCGAAAUCGAAAUAUUAUUUAUAAAUACAUUAAUUAAUAUUUCGAAAUUUUAAAGUAUGGUAGAAAUCAAAGAAAUUUUGUAUAUUUAUUCGCAUUUAAUAUUUAAGUUUCAAGAUAUUAUUUUGUGCAUUUGAUAAUUUUACCUCAUACAUAUAAAACGAGUUCAACAUCUGCUAAAAAAAAAAAAUCAUGCCUUUUUGUUGAAAGAGGUUGCCGGCAUGACACAAAACACAUUUACGAAUUUUUAACUCUUUAUCUUUUUCUUAUUUUGUCUGAGUGUAUAUACAUAGUAUUUGUGAGUUUUAUAUAUUCGAAAAUGCGGAAGAGCAUGAGGCAAUCAUACACAACAAAUUUUGUGCAUCACAGAUACGGUAUUAAGAAUCCAAGGUGAUUGUGGCUUCGUAAAAUUCCAUUUCACUUGUGGAGAAAGAAGAAGAAGAAGAAAAAAAUUAAAUAAAUAAUCAAAUAUAAAUAACAAUUGGUUUCUUGAUAUUAUAUAAACAAGUGAUACAAUGGAGGAUCCUCAGAAAUACGAAGAUUCAUCUAUUUACAAACAACCAUCAUCAACGUUCAACGUUCAUCGUUCUCGAGAUAUGGUACCAGCACGUGUGGUUUUAUAUAUUCUAUCAUUUACUGGCUUUGUCGUAUCUUUUAUGAUGAGAACAGAUAUCAAUAUAACAAUUGUGGAAAUGGUUACCCACAGACCACCAAAAAAUAAUAGUACUUACUGUUAUGUUCCAAAUUAUGAUACUGUAUUAAAUUCAAAUACAUCAAAUAAUAAUUUUAUUAAAAAUAAUAUUGGUAAUGGAGAAUUUGAUUGGAGUCCAACAAUACAAGGAAUAAUAAUAAGUAGUUUUUACUGGUGUUAUAUAUUAUCACAAGUUGUUGGAGGUGUAUUAACACAAAAUUUUGGUACAAAAACAGUAUUUGGUGGUUCACAAUUGGUUACAGCAAUUUGUAGUUUGCUCAUUCCAAAAGCUGCUGAACUUCAUUAUGGUGCAAUUAUUGUACUUCGAAGUAUUCAAGGAAUUGCAAGUGGUUUAACAUGGCCAGCAAUGUACGCAGUUGUUGGUCACUGGAUUCCACCAGCUGAACGAUCACGUUUCAUGUCUUCCUUUCAAGGGUUCAGUUUUGGAAUCGGCCUGACCUAUCCACUGUGCGGUUUUAUACUCGACAACUUUGGAUGGAGACCAGUCUUCUAUACAACUGGAAGUGUUGGUGUUCUAUGGUGUAUUGUCUGGUAUUUCCUUGCUUUCGAUACUCCAUCAAUUCAUCCAAGGAUUUGUAAAAGAGAACUUGAUUUUAUUGAAGGAAGCGUUUGUAAUCAAGUUCUCGGAUGUAGUGAGGAAAUACCAGUACCUUGGAAAUCCAUCCUGACGUCCUUGCCAGCCUGGGCGAUUGGCAUUACCACCUUCGGCAGAAUAUGGGUCUCCUACAUCUUCAUCACAUCUGGACCAACUUAUAUGAAAAGAGUUCUUGGAUUGAGUAUUCAAGCAAAUGGUAUACUAUCUGGAGCACCAUUUAUUUGUAGCUAUUUUAGUUCUGUUGUAUUUUGUUAUGUUGCUGAUCUUCUUGUUACUCGAAGAAUCAUGACACUGACAAAUGUUCGCAAAGUAUUUACAGCAAUGGCUCAAGUUAUUCCUGGAAUUCUUGUAUUACUUAUUGGAUAUCUUGGCUGUGACAUUGUUCCAGUUCUCAUUGUUUGGUUUAUUGCUGUUACAUUUAUAACAGCAGCUUAUGCUGGUGCAAUGGCUAAUAUCGUUGACAUUGCACCAAAUUUUGCCGGACCAGUUUUGGCAUUUGCUCAAACAAUUCACAUGACAGCAAGUUUUCUGUCUCCAUUGGCAACUGGUAUUUUAACUGAUGAAGAUCAAAGCUUUGAUGCCUGGAAUAAAGUUUUUGCAGUAACAGCAAUCAUAUCAUGUGGUACUUAUAUUAUGUAUCAAGUAUUUGGUACAGCUGAUAUACAAACUUGGAAUUAUCCAGAUCAAAAACUGCCACAAUCAAGUGAUGAUGAUGUGGAACCACUCAAUGAUACACAUUAUAAAAAUGGUAAAAAAGUAUCAAUUGUUUCAAAUAAUUCAGAAGAGCCUUAGCUACAUAAAAUAAAUACCACUUUUAUUAUUAAUUACAAAUGAAAAAAAUAAAAAAGUAUCAUACAGAAUUAUUUAUUCUGUAUCUCUCAAUUGAUUUAUUAAUUUUUUUUUUAAAUGAGCUAAAGUUUUCUUUUUUUUUUUUUUUUGUAAAUGUAGCACAAAAAUAUAAGUGAAAAAUUAUUAACAAAGACAGUGUAGAUUAAUUUUUAAUCAUCAAACGCGUAUAUUUACAAUUUUGUAUUUUGUGAUUAAAUUUUUUAUGCAGUGUUAAUUGAUAGUUUAUUAAACGAACAUUGAUCUUCUUAGAUAUUUUAAUAAUAUGACACAAAAAAGAGACAUUAUCUGCCAUUAUGAAUGAUACUUGAAAUUUAAAAAGAAAAAGAUUCGUAUGAAUUUUUAUAAAUAAAGAUCAAAAAAAAAAGAAAAUGUAAAUUAAUGAAAAAAAUAUUAACACAAUACGUAAUUGUUGUGACAAAUUUGUAAAUAUUAAAUAUAUAGAUAUAUAUUUGGCUCAUUAAGUUGAUUGAGCAAUUCUGUCAAUGAGCAUUUUUGGGCAAUUCAUGACAAAAUAUAAUAAUUAAUUAACAGCACAUUCUAUAAUAAAAAAAAUAUAUAUAUAUUAUCAGUGCCUUGCAUUAAAUCAUGAAGUUAUAAUCAAUUCAUCUUCCAUAAAAGAAAGUAUUUUUAUUGAUCACUCCACUAGAUAUCUAGUUGUACUCAUUGUAAAAUUAAAAAAAAAAUAUAACGACAUACACAAAUUUUUUUUUUUUUAAUUUUAAUCAUCAAGUACUUAAAUUGAUUCAAUUUUUUUUUCUUUUUAUAACAUUUUAAUGUAAAUAUUUUUAUUGUCAAAUUUUUUCGUUAAAUUCAUUUCGAUUAUUAUUAAAUAAAAAUGUACCUAAACGAAAUAUAAUCUCUAAAAAAUCAUUAAAAUUCGAGUGAAAUAUUCAAAAAAAAAAAAAGUAGAUCAGUUUAAAAAUUACUUCAGUAAAUAAAUAAAUAAUAAUGAAAUUUAUUAUUCAAGCCUAUUGAGAAAAAUUUCCAAAUUUUUUCUCAAAAAAAAUAUUUAAAGUUUUUUAAAUAUAAAAAACAAAUUAUUCCAUUCAAUAAAUUCAAAAACUGUAUUUUCUGAUUAAAAAAUUAUUAAUUUUUUGGACUUUUAAAACCGGUUUUAAAGAGGGUAGCAUUUUUUAAAGGUAAAAGAGCCCUUACUUGGUUUUUUUAAUUUACAUUGAAAUAUAAAAUGAAUUAAAAAAUUUAAACAUUUAAUGUUGUUCCGUUCCGAAAUAAAAAACAACAUACAAUUCAAAAUAAUUAAUACUGUAUUCUUCAAUUAAAAGAAAAAAAAAAAUAUAUAUAUAUAUAUAGGAUCUGUGAUCCUUGUUGAUUAAAAUUAAAACAAAAAUAAAAUUUCAAUAAAUAAAAACACUGCGUAUUAUCUAAUAAGUUAACUACCCAAAAAAAUAAAUAUAUAGUAUUUUUUAAAUUUUAUUUAAACUACUAUUACUCUUAAAUAAAAAAAAAUAUCAUGAUUAUAAUUAUUGUGUUGAAUAUAAAUCAUCGAAAGGAUUAAAAUCGUGUCGUAUAAUGAUAAGACGUAAAUGGAAAAAUUGUGAAAAUUAGAAUAUUCAGGUCGACUUUGUUUACAACGUAAAAAAAAAAAAUAAUAACAGUAAUUAUUAUCCAUACUGUAAUGAUAAUUUACAUAAAAUUAUUUGUCAUUAUUAAUUAAUAAUGACUCAUUUACAAUAAAAAUAUAAAUAUAUAUUUUUAAACAAAAG